AUUGCCUAAUUGGUAUGUAUGUCACAGACGAAUCGGGUUGUCCUCUCAUCCUUAUCCGCCGGCGUCAAUUGACCCAGUGAUUUUGCAGAGACUCAAACGGCGAGUAAGAAAGGACGACUCAGAACACAAGUAGUGCGGAAGAACUGAAAAAAUAGCGACAGAGGAUAAAACAGAACCGCACUUUCUGAUGCUGCGACUUAAAGAAAAAUGAGUGGCUGAAUGUGACCAGAAAUGGCUACUGCUGCUCUCACCGUUACCGCCUCUUCUUCUUCUCCUCCUCCUCUGUCUCCUUACGCCUUUCGGCCAUCCACCGUCACCAUCGUUCACAAUCACGCUUCUUCUCCGCCUUCGGUGGCCCGAAUUCCGGCGAAUUUAGAGGUUAUUAGCUCGCCUGCGGGCAGGAGUAGGCUAGGGUUGGCUCUUCGUACUCAUGCUGCAAUAUCAGCACAAGGCCACCAAGGUGCAUUGCUCUCUCAAUCCGUCCUUUGAGUAUCGAUUGGUCCUAUGGCUUUUAACCUGUUCAGUUUUUGCCUUUGCUUGUCAAUGUUCAGGCACAUCUGAUCCUGAGCUACGCUCGGUUCUUGAACUCGCUACAAACUCCGAGUUGCGCGAGCUGGACAAGGUUUUAUUCGGACCAAGUUACUUCAGUCCUCUGUUGAAAUCUGUGAUGAAGAGACCCGAAGUCGAUUAUAUGAUGAUUGCGGAAGACCUCGCGGAGCGAGAGGACUUCAUUGCUGCUCUUGAAUCGCGGUUUCUAUUCCUUGCUGCCGAUGCCCGCUCCACUUUGAGGGGUUGGAGGCCUUCAUAUAGAGACGUGUUGCUGAAAGUGAGGAAGAAGUUAAGUGUCUCUUGCUCAACCAAGUUGUCAACCGAAGAUCUAGAAGCAGAAGUUUUUCUUCAUCUGGUUAACAAUUUUGCAAGUGAAGAAUCAGGAACUUUUCCAGGUUUGUGGGAAUUAUCGAAGCCUUUGGAUAGCGAAGGGGGUGUAGAACUUGGAUUGGAUCAAUGGAAGGUGCAAGGGCUUGGUGCUCUGAAGCAUGUGGUAGAAGAGCUCCAGCCAAUUAUCUUGAAGGGUGGUAGUGCUCUUACAUUGUCAAAAGUUUAUCAAUCGCUGGUAAAUUAAUGGGCAAGGUGGUUCUGGAUGCUGCCAACUAUCAAAUAAAAAAGGAAGUCUUAAAGAAGGGUGGACAAUUAGCUGCAAUGAAUUUGGAAUCUAGAGCAGCCUUGAUUAUGGCAAAGCGGGGUUUGGCUGGAACUGCAUCAAGAUAUCUGGGCCUUAGAAGCAUGAUGACAUUCCUUGGCCCAGUGAUGUGGGGAACCUUGCUAGCUGAUGUCGUCAUUCAGAUGCUUGGCACCGAUUAUGCUAGAGUCCUGCCAGCAAUUUACGCAUUUGCACAGAUUCGUCUCACCCGCACGUACAGGCCACAGAAAGAUGGUAAACAAUGCAGAGGUCAACCAUUAUAAGAACGUCAGAUUCACAGAUCGGACAAUCGAAUCAAAUGUGGUGCCCAUUUCCCAGAUAUGCUUUGCGCUCUGAACAUGCCAAUCUUCAGGAUACCUGAGAAAUUAGUAUCUUGGCGAGAUUUCCGUCUGGAACUGGAGCUAUGGUUUCUGCGGUCUAACCGGUUCGGGAAUCAGAGUCUACUUCUUUGUGGUUUGUGGGUUGUACGAGGGCACCAUUUCUGGCUGGUGGUGGGACUGGAUCCACAGCCACCAUGCAGGGAAUUGGUGAUGAUGUUUCUUGCUUUCUUGUAUUUAUCCAGAAGGAUGGUGAAUGUGUAUAGUUCCUCUCCUGUGGUGAAUCCGGCCGACAGCUUACGCCAGAAAAGCCAAGGAUUGUAAUUUCUUUGAUCUCUCAGAGUAACUUCCAUUUUUAUGCGACGCCCUGCAAGAGCUUUUUGACAGGUUUGGGCGGACAGCCAAAGCCAAGUCACAAAUCAACCGAUUAUGUGGUGAUUCCAAGUUCGUGACUUGAAGUAAACAGCC